AUGACCGACCAGCAGACCUUCUUGAGCACGCGCGGCUUCGGCGAGACGCUCCCCGUAGAAGUACGCCACGAAGUAUACCCGUUCAUCGACCCAACCCCCGCCUUCACCUCCCAACCCCUCAACGGCAAAGCCGUCUUCAUAACCGGCGCCUCGCGCGGCAUCGGCCGCACCACCGCCCUAACCUUCGCAAAAGCGGGCGCGUCCGUGGCAAUCUCCGCGCGCUCGUCCGCCGCUCUCGACGAGACCAAGGCGCUGGUGCUCAAAGAGGUGCCCGGGGCGAAAGUCGAGAAGUUUGUUGUGGAUGUGACUAAGGCGGGGGAGGUCGAGGGGGCUGUUGAGAGGACUGUUGAGGUGUUUGGGCGGUUGGAUGUUGUCAUUGCGAAUGCGGGGUACGGCAAUGCUUUCGAUACGCCGAUGGCAGAGCGCGCGUCGGCAGACUGGUGGCGCACGUUCGAGAUCAACGUUCUGGGCGUGUUCAACACCGUCCAGCCAGCGCUGAAGCAUCUGAUGAAGACCGAGGGGUACAUCGUAGGUAUCACCUCCGUCGGCGCCCAGUUCCGCUCGCCAAACGCGAGCGACUACCAGAGCACUGACGAGAUGGACGCCGAUGGACAGGUAUCCAAGCACGCGCUCAACAGGUUCAUCGAGCUCGUCGCGCUCGAGAACGCCCCUAUCAAAGCGUUCUCCCUACACCCGGGAGCAGUGGCCACCGACCUGGCCAAGAAGAGCGGGCUGGAGUCGAAAGGCGUCCAGUUCCUCGAUCCGCCCGAGAUGGCCGCGUCGACGAUGUUGUGGUUAUGCACUGGGAAGGCGGACUGGCUCAAUGGACGGUAUGUGAGCGUGAAUUGGGAUUUGGGGCAGGUGAAGAGGGAGUGGAAGGAGAGGAUCUUGGAGAAGGAUCUGUUGGUCAACAAGCUUGAUGUUGUGGGCUCCGCGUAG